UAUAUAAAUAAUUUAGAUAAAAUAAAAACCUAAAAUUGAUGUAACGCAGAGUAAAUGUCAAGGGUGUAAUGCCAGAAUUAAUCAAGGUCAAAAUGAAUGGGGUUAUACCGAGUGUUCCAAUCACUACCCUCGCAGGUAUCGCGAGUCUUACAGACUUAUUACCGGAAAUGCCCCUACCGACACCUUUGCCGCAAGCUCUGACAAAUAAGUCAUUGUUAUUUCAUGCACGUGUUGCUGAAGAAGCUAAACUACAGCUUAGUAACAGAGAUGAAACAUUAGUUCCGCAAUUAAUUCAAGCUCUAUCGCAGACAUCAUCUGACAAUAUUGAAUUAAAAGAUCAAUCUGUUGUACAAUCUGAACAGUCGUAUUCUGAUCCUGAGCAACAUACUCCAGAAUUGUUAAAAGCUAUAUUAGAAAUAAAUCCUCAUGUAUUUAAAGGUCCACAAUAUAAUUCACGAAAGAUUUGGCCUUGUCAAAAUACACAAUCAAUGAAUGCUAAUCAAUCACCAGCACAUUACGGGCGAUUUUCACCAUCAUAUUCAAAUUCAUCAGGAUCAAGACAAACGCCUCAAGGUAGUCCUGCUCAACCUGCAUCUGCUAGAACUGUAUUACCACCACCACCACAAUUAACAACAUCAACAACAAUAACUACAACGACCGGCAAUAUAAUGAGUCACGCUCAACAUCCUAGAAUGCCAGUUACACCACAAAAUCACACUGAUGUCUCGCAAAUGUCUCCUUUUGCAGUGCCUUCGCCAUCACCUCGUGCAACUGUUAUAACAGAACAAACGAGAACAUCGACAACACCACAACAUCAUAUACAAGAUGAUCCCAAUGGUUUAACAAAUCAAUUAUCAAAUAUUAAUAAUCCUCAUGUAAAUAUUUAUUCACCAGCUCAUAUGGGAUCUCCAAGUACUGCUGCAACAAUUAUGCAACAGCAACAACAACAGCAAAUUAAUACUCAUGUUGUACAGCCACAUCAUCAUAAUCUCGCUGGUUUAACACCUCAACAUUCUAUACAUAUGACAUCUCCAAUGCACAGUUCAAUACCAAAUCAACCGAUGAAUAUGAAUGUUAAUUUACAACAAGCUAUUUAUGAUCCAAUAAUUAAUCAUCAGUUACAACAUCCAAUAAAUGUUAAUCAUACAAUGGAUAUUGCUAAUGUUGUUCAAGAUAAUUCACAAUUUUUACUAGAUUCAGUUACUGGACUUUCUGAUAUUGACUUACCUAUUGAAAGCAUUGAUCCUAAACCACAAAUACAACAAUCUGUUGAUAAUUUGAUAAAUCAACAACAACAAACUGUAUAUCCUAAUCUUAAUCCCGAAAGUGUUGCCAGUGCAUUUGAUUCAGCCCUCACAAUACCAAUUCAUCAUCUCCAUCAUGAACAACAUCCACAACAACAACAGCAGCCGCCACCGCCACUACAGCAACAACAACAACAACAGCAUCAUCUUCAUCAUCAUCAUCACCAGCAACAUCAACAACAACAGCCACAAUCACAUCACCAGCAACAAAUUCAACAACCUCAUCUUCAGGAUCAAUAUCAACAUCAGCAAGAUCAAUUUCAACAACAGCAACAGCUGUUGCAACAACAACAAUUACAGCAACAACAACAACAACAAUUACUAUUGCAGCAGCAGCAGCAGCAACUACUAUUGCAGCAGCAGCAGCAGCAGCAACAACAACAACAACAACUACAAGAGCAAUUACAAGAACAACAACAACUGCAAUUACAACAACAGCAACUACAACAACAACAAUUACAACAACAACAACAACCACAAUCUGCUUUCAAUGUACAGUUACCAACUCAAACGCCAGAGCAUCAUCAUGAUCAAAUAAAUGAGCAUGUAAUCAAAGACGUCAAAUUAAUGGGACAGUCAUUUGACACAAAAUUUAAGGAACCAGUGGUAAUGUUAAACAGAUUAUCAUUAGCAGAUCAAGCAUUAAUGCAACAAAAAUCACCAAACCGCAUUGCUAAAUUAGGAUUAAAAAAUAACAACAACAACAACAAUAAUAAUAAUAAUACCAAUACAAAUAAUAAUAAUAAUAAUAAUAAUCCGAAUAUUAUGAAAUCAGAUUCUGACAAUGAUGAGGAUAUAGGAGAAAAUAAUAAAUUAUUAAAAUCAUCAACAUCAUCAUCCUCAUCAUCAUCUCGAUCAAAAGAACGUAGUCUGAGAGCUCGUAGACGUAAACGUAUAAUUGAUGAUAGUGACGAAAAUGAUGAUGGUGAUACUGUAGAUGAUAAUGAAGAUAAAAAAGAAACAACAUUAGUAUCACCGAUAAAACCAAAAAUAAGAAAAAUUGAAAGAAAACUGGUACCUGUAUUGGCUAAAUUAAGUGUUGAUGAACUAAUGGAAACAAAUACGUAUCAAUUAUUUAAUUCAAUGAUUGAUACGAUAUUUGAAAAUACAGAAGAUGUUGUAACAAUGGGUGAAAUAGAAGAAGAUGGUGAUGUACCAGCAGAAAUACUUAUUCAAAAAUAUGAAUUACAAGCAUUAUGUAAAGAAGCAGCUAAAUUAAAAUCAUUAAGAGCUAUGGAAUCAAUUCCAGCAGAUAGACUUGUAAGAUUAUUAAAUAUAUUAGAAAAAAAUAUACGUGAUGGUGCUAGAGUAUCACCUUUGGCUGAUCCAGAUGAUGAUAUUGAAGAAAGUAAAUUAUGGAUGCAAAUGGCUAUGGAAAGAGUAUUACGUGCUGUUGAUGCAUCUGUAAUAGCAUUAAAUAUAAUGACAUCACAAAAUAUGCCUAAAACAGUAUAUUUAGAGGAUGUUAUUGAUCGUAUUGUAUUAUUUAUGAAAUUUCAAUUACAAAAUACAAUAUAUCCAUCAUUUGAUCCUGUUUAUAGGAUAGAUUCAAAAAAUAAGACUGAUAAUUUGAAUUCUGGUCGUAAAAAAAGGGGCCAUAUGAAAGAAGUACGUGAAAAAAGUAUACUUGAAGUUUACAAUAAAAUGCGUGAACUUGUUAGUUUACUUGCUGAAUUAUUAAAUAUACAAGUAUUAACUGAUACAAGUGUACUUCAUGCAUCAACACUUGGUGUUGCACCAUUUUUUGUUGAAUCUGUAAAUGAUCUUCAAUUAAGUGCAUUAAAACUUGUAACUGUUAUAUUUACAAAAUAUGAAAAACACCGAAGAUUAUUAUUAGAUGAUAUUCUUGCAUCAAUAGCUAGAUUACCAAGUAGUAAAAGAAGUUUACGUACAUAUAAACUACAUUCUGGUGAUUAUAUACAAAUGUUGACAGCAUUAGUAUUACAAUUAAUACAAUGUGUUGUUAUAUUACCAGAUAAUUUAAUUCGUCAAGAUAAUAAUAAUAAAACAACGACAACAACAACAACAGCAGUUAAUACUAACAUUAAUAGUGAUGCUGCUGAUAAUGAAGAUAAAAAUACAGGUAAUAAUAAAAAUUUAUCCCAUAUUGAUGCAGAUGUAUUAGUUAUAAAUAAAUAUGAAACAGCAACACGCUUGGGAUAUAAUUUUUUAUCUGUAUUUUUAAAUAAAUGCAGUAGUAAAGGUACAGAUAUUGAUUAUCGUCCAUUAUUUGAAAAUUUUAUUCAAGAUUUACUAGCAACUGUUAAUAAACCAGAAUGGCCAGCUGCUGAAUUACUUUUAAGUAUAUUAGGUACUUUACUUGUUGGACAUUUUUCAAAUAAAACAUCAGAUAUGUCGUUACGUGUUGCUUCAAUUGAAUAUCUUGGUGUUGUUGCUGCAAGAUUAAGAAAAGAUGCUGUAAAUUCACAAUGUAAAUUAUCAACAAUUGAUCAAAUAAUAAUAGAUAUUAAAGCUGAGCAACAAAAAGAUUCAGAUUAUGAAAUGACAACAACAUCAACAACAGCAGCAGCAGUAGCAGCAAAAGAUAUUGAUAAUAAUAAAAAAAAAAUAAAUAAUAAAAUAAAUGAGGACGAAGAACGUACAAAAUUUUUACAAAAAGUUUUACUUGAUCAUUUAGCUGUUAAUGGUACAAAUGAUCCAUCAUUAAUAUAUGCACGUCAUUUUUAUUUAGCACAAUGGUAUCGUGAUUGUGCACAUGAAAAAACUCGUGUUGGUCAACAAUCGUCAAAUAAUAAAAAUAUUACAUCAAUUAAAAAAUUAUCAUUACAGAAUAAAAAACGUAAUAAUAAAUCAUCAUCAUCAUCAUCAUCAUCAUCAAAUCAAAAACGUAAUAAAAAUAUUGAAAGUGAUAAAUCAGAUGAUAGUGAUGAUUCAGAUAUUGAAGAAUUAUAUCCUGAUGAUAAUGACAAUAAUGAAAAAAAAAAUUCCGAAUUAUAUAGAAUUAUUGAAGAAAAGAAAAAAUUUAUAUUAAGUUCAAUCCGUCCUUGCAGUUCAUCAACAAAACCCGAUAUAUUACAAACAUAUAUUGAUUAUAAUUCAGCAGAAUUAAUAUCACAAUAUUUAGCAUCUAAACGACCAUUUUCACAAAGUUUUGAUAUAUAUUUAAAACAAAUACUUCAUGUAUUAACAGAAUCAUCAAUAGCUAUUAGAACAAAAGCUAUGAAAUGUUUAACAACAAUUGUUGAAGCUGAUCCAAGUGUAUUAGGACGUAGUGAUAUGCAAUUAGGUGUAAGACAUUCAUUUUUAGAUCAUUCAACAUCUGUACGUGAAGCUGCUGUUGAUUUAGUUGGUAAAUUUGUAUUAAGUAGACCAGAACUUAUUGAUAAAUAUUACGAUAUGUUACUUGCAAGAAUACUUGAUACUGGUGUUAGUGUACGUAAAAGAGUUAUUAAAAUAUUAAAAGAUAUUUGUGUUGAAUGUCCUGAUUAUUCUAAAAUACCUGAAAUUUGUGGUAAAAUGAUACGACGAGUUAAUGAUGAAGAAGGUAUCAGACGAUUAGUUAUGGAAGUAUUUCAAAAUAUGUGGUUUACACCAAUUAAAGAAACUCAAAUAAAUCAAAUACUUGAUUCAACAAUAUUAUUAAGAAAAGUUAUGAAUAUAACAGAUGUUGUUGCUAAAAAUAAAGAUAUUGGUUUAGAAUGGUUUGAACAAUUACUUGUUAGUUUAUUUAAACCAAAAGAAGAUAAAGAAGAUAGUACUAAAUUACAAACAGAACCACCAAAAGGAUUAUUAACAGCUUGUCAACAAAUUGUUGAUUGUUUAAUUCAAAAUAUAUUAAAAUUAGAAUCAAUGAAUAAUACAACAAAAACAUUAAAUAAUGAUGAUAAUGGUGGUGGUGGUAGUAAUAAUAAUUAUGAAAAUGAUGAUAAACAACGACUUGUUGCAUGUAUGAAAACAUUAUAUUUAUUUGCUAAAAUACGACCACAAUUAUUAGUUGAACAUGCAAGUACAUUACAGCCAUAUCUUGGUUUAAAAUGUCAAACUCAAGGUGAUUAUCAUAUGAUAAGUUGUGUUGCUCAUACAUUAGAACUUGUUGUACCAUUAAUGCAACAUCCAAGUGAAACAUUUUUAGCCCAAUUAGAAGAAGAUUCAAUAAAAUUAAUUCUUCAACACGAUAAAUCUGUUGUUGCAAGUUGUUUAUCAUGUUUAGGAUCAAUUGUUAAUAAUGUUACUAAAAAUUACAGUUUAAUACGUGAUUGUUUUAAUAAAUAUUAUUAUUAUUUAACAAAAUAUAAAAUAGAACAUGAAAAAGAUCCAAAUAGUAAAAUAUUAUUAAAUGGACGUCCAUUAUUUCGACGUGCAUUAUUUACUGUUGGAUUAUUAUUACGUUAUUUUGAUUUUACAGAUCCACAAGUAACUUAUGGUUUAAUUGAUAAUAUUAAAGAUCAUGUAUUUCAAGUUAUGAGUUAUUUUGUUAAUCAAGAUGAUAAUGAUAUACGUCAUUAUACACUUACAGCAAUUGGUUCUAUUUGUAUUCGUCAUUCUGAAUUUAUGUUAACACCAGAAUUAAAAAAACUUUAUCAUUAUUUAUUAACAUCUGAUAAUGCAUUAGAAUUUAUGAAAAUUCAAGUAUUAAAUAAUAUUGAAAUUUAUUUACAAGAAGAAGAAAAAAGAAUGAUAAAACAAGAUCAAGAAUGGUCUAAAAUGUGUAAACAAGAAAAUUUAAAAGAAAUGGGUGAUGUAUCAUCUGGUAUGGCUAGUACUGUUAUUCAAUUAUAUCUUAAAGAAAUACUUGAAUCAUUUAUAAAUACCAAUGUACGUGUACGUCAAUCAGCAUGUAAAGUUAUACAAUUGAUAUUAGCACAAGGCUUAGUAUAUCCAAUUCAAAUAGUACCAUAUCUUAUUUGUAUGAGUACUGAUAUUGAAAUAAUGGUAAGUCAUAGUGCUGAUAAUCAAUUACAAGAAAUAGAAAGAAAAUAUCCUGGUUUUAUUCAUAUGCAAUCUCAAUAUGGUAUUAAAUUAAGUUAUAGAUUACAAAAAAUAUUACAAAAUAAUAUAACUGUAAGAGGUAUGAGAUUAAAAGAUGGUGAAUUUCCUAGUGCAUUAAAUGGUUUUUUAUAUACAAUAUUGAGAAAUACUAAACAACAACGUCGUGCUAUUGCUAUUUCAUUUUUAAAACAAUUUGAAGAAUCUGCUAAAUCAAGUUUAUCUCAAAUGUUGUAUCUUGCUGAUAAUUUAGCAUAUUUUACAUAUCAAGUACAGGAUGAACCAUUAUUUAUAAUUCAUCAUAUUGAUAUUAUUAUAUCAAUGUCUGGUGAUAAUUUAUUACAAUCAUUUAAAGAUGCAUUAUUACCUAAAACAUUAAAUCAAAUAAAUACUUGUAAUGAUAAACAGCAACAACAACAACAGCAACAGCAACAGUUAACAACAACAACAACACCAUUCACAUCUGUUUUUAAUCAAUCAAUUAUAUAUGGAUCUGAUGGACAACCUAGACCUGUUCAUAUAUUAUCAGCUAUUGAAGAUGAAGAUGAUGAUGAAGAAGAUGAUGAAUCUAUUGUUGCUAGAUUACCUCAAGAUACAACAUUACUUCGUGAAUAUAUUACUGCAUCUCAAGGUUUUCUUUUACUUUUAACAUUAAGACAACAUUUAAAAGAAAUAUAUGGAUUUUCGGAUGCUAAAAUAAGUCAAUAUUCGCCAUCAGAAUCUGCAAAAGUAUAUGAAAAAGCAGUAACACGUAAAAGUACUGCACAUUUUAAUCCAAAAGCUACAUUAGCUAAAUUACAAGAAAAUGUAAGUGAUAAAGAACUUGAUGAUGAUGGUAGAAAAAAAUUAGCUGCUGAGUAUCUUGAUUUUAAACAACUUAUGAUUAAAUUUGAUCCUAAAGAACCAGAUGAUGAAGCUACUGCUGCUGCUGCUGCUGCUGCUGCUGCUGCUGCUAAUGCUAAUGCUAAUACUACUACUACUACUACUACUACUACUACUACUACUACUAUCACCACUACUACUACUACUUCUAUCCCUGGUAAUAAUAAUGAUGUUGGUGUUGUUAGUAAUUCUACUACUGAUAAUUCAGUUCAGAGAAUAUUAAAUCCUGAACUAAAUCAAAAUUUUGUACCAAUUCUUAAUACUGGUACUGGUGAUUUUAAUACAUCUCAUCAUCCUCAUCAACAACAACAACAACAACAACAACACCAAAAUUCAAUUCAUCAUCAUAAUAAUACAUUAAAUAGUAUGACAUCAUCACCAAGAGUACCCAAACUUACGAUACAUGCUCAUCCUGAAACAAAUAAAGAACACCGAAAACAUCGUACGCACAAAACUGAAAAAGUUAAAAAACAUAAAAAGAAAAAACGAAGAAGAAUCUCCGAUAGUAGUGAUAGCGGGGAUGAUUGCAGUGAUCCUGAUUUUAUGGUGUAGAAAUUGAGUGUGGGUGUGCGUGUGUAUGCGUGUCUGUGUGUCCGCUAUUAUUAGCCUUGUGAACAUUAGGGUGAAAUAAAUAAAUAAAUAAAAUAAUUGAAAAAAUUUAUAAUAAGUAAAUAGACAAAUAAAUAAUUUUUUCAACAAGUGUCAACUUAAAUAUUGAACACUAUUUUUAUUUUACUUUAUUAUAGUUUUUUUUUUUCUUUUUAUUCUUUAUUAGUGAGAUGUGUAUAAACUACAGAGAUAAGUGAAAUAAUGUGUACACGCUGAUACGAAUAAAUAAAAUAAAUAAAAAAUUGCAAUAAGAGUAAAUGAACUUUAGAAAGACGAUUAUUCUUAUCGUUAAUUGGCUUUUAAAAAAAAAAAUAUAUAUAUAUAUAUAUAUAAAUUAUAUUAUAUAACUUUUUAUUAAUCAUAACAAAUAAUUUUUGAAACAUUACAAUUAAAUUUGCAAUAAAACAUUGAAAAAUUAAAUAAAUAGCAAGUUUAAGUUAAUUUUGUAUUCGAGAGGUCAAUUUUAAAUACUAAUUACUAUUAUUUAUUCACAAGUAUAUCGUUUUUAUAUAAUUAUUAUAACUAAAUAAAAUUUAUAAAUUAAUAAAAAUUGAACAAAACAACAUGUGCUCGAACAGUAAAUAUAUAAUAUUCCGAGUUUUUAUUUUAUUGUUAAGCA